AUGGCUGAAUUUGUAAAAGCAAAGGCGGAAAAUCUUGUCUUUCUUAUGAAUGCCACGACAGGUGUGAACUCUGUGCUAAAAUCUGUGAUCCUAAAGCCAGGUGAUGGAGUGUUGGCCACCAACCUGACAUACAAGGCAGUUGCAAACACCUGCAAUCAUAUCUGCAAUAAAGUUCAAGGAGCUGAAGCCCACUUUUUGGAAAUUACACUACCAAUUAAGAGUGAAGAUGAAAUUGUCCAAAUAUACUCUGAUUAUCUCACCGCUCAUCCCAAUAUAAAAAUUGCUGUCAUUGAUCAUAUAACAAGUCCAACUGCUAUUGUGAUGCCAAUACGUCGCCUGAUUGCCUUAUGUCGAGAACACAAUGUUUUGUCCAUGAUCGAUGGAGCCCAUGCCCCUGGACAACUACCACUCAAUUUGGAGGAGAUCAAUGCUGAUUUCUAUACAGGUAAUUUUCAUAAGUGGGUCUACACUCCUGUCUCCUGUGCUCUUCUCUGGAUCAACCCAAAGCAUCAUAAUAUGGUGGAGCCUCUCGUCACAUCACAUUGCUACAAACAAGGCCUGCACAAAUCCUUCUUCAUGCAAGGCACUCAAGACCAGACUUCUUACUUCUCAUUCUGCAAAGCGUAUUCCUUUUACAAAAAUAUUGGAGGUUUGGAAACCAUCAUCUCUUAUACAAGUUCUUUGGUAACUGAAGCAGCGUUGAUGCUGAAAGAAGCAUGGGGUACCUCACUACUUGAGAUUCCUUCAAGCAUGGAAGCCCCCAAUAUGCGACUCAUUAAAGUGCCACCCUUGAAGGACUUUACUACCUCUAUGGACGAUUCAUUGAAAUUAAUUCUUCACCUGAUAAAUAAUUAUAAACUUGUGACGCUGAUCAUUCCAGUCAAAGAUAUAUUAUAUAUCCGAAUAAGUUCACAGAUUUAUAAUGUGAUUGAAGAUUACCAACGCAUUAGGGAUGUUAUUCUGGAGCUGAGAGCAUAG